AAAAAAGAGAUAUCUAAUAAUAAUUCAAAAAGUCGUGAAGAAACUGAAGAGAGGUUCAUGAGCCGUGUUUUUUAUCUAUCCAUCAAAAAUUUAUAUGAAAACAAUAAAAAAUUCACUUAUUCUGAGAUAAUUAAUGGCUGUGUGGAGGAAAGAAAUAUCUUCGUAUUUGACAACAAUAACAACAACAGCAGUAGUGAUGAUAGUAGUGAUGAUAGCAGCGACGAUAAUAAUGGUGAUUCUACUGAUACAAAAGAGCUAUCUGAUGAUAGUUACAUUGAUGAGAUACAACCUGCUAAUCCACAUACCAAAAGAAUCAAUUCGUUGUGUUUAAACAAGGAGCUACUAAUUGGAUUGGACUACAAUGAUCCGAUUAAAUCUUACAUUGUUGAUUUUACUACUGAAAACGUUUUCAUUGAUGCUAAGUUGAAGAAAUUACGCGAGAGGUAUAAUACCAAUGAAGGCGAUAUUAUGUUUAAAAAAUAUCAUAGUAACUAUGACAAUGAUAAUUUACUAAGUUUUUUUAAUGAUAACAACAAUACGGAAAUAACAACUGAAGAGUCAAUAGCAAAAUGGCUCAUAAUAGAAUUAAAAAGAAGGUGGAAUAAUUUGGCUUCUAGAUAUUUUAAUCUUUAUAAUGAGGGAAGUUACGAACACAAGAUUGACUUUAUCAUGAGGCAUGAAUUCAUAUCCAAAGCAUCAAAAUCUAGAAAGGAACAUCAAAAACUUUUAGAUGAAAAGAUAUGUGGAAAUAAACCAGAUUUUGUGAUAAAAUAUGUUGACAAGUCCCUAAUUGGAAAAAAUAUAUUCGAGAUUUGUUUCAGAGAAGUCAGUGGCAGUCCUUUUGAUGAGGAUAAUGAUAAAGUCAGUGAUGACAAAAAUAAAUUGGUUAAAUUUGGGACACCUAGAGGAUAUUUUGAAGCUCCCAAUCAUUUUGAUCCAGAUUGGUCAUGGAUAUCUAUAAACUGGUUCACCCAACAUACAUCAGAAACGACAACAACCUUGUGCCCAUUGGCGCGCUGA